AUGGAACAGGAAACAAGUGCUCUCUCUGAACACAAUGAGCUUGCUCGCAUCUACGAGGCUCUUGAAAUGUAUUCGGAUAUGGUUGACGAAGUCAAAAAGGUGGUAGAAUUACGUGAUGGUGCUGGUGAACAGAUGACGAUGGAUGAACGAUAUCGCCUCUCUAUUGCCUACAAGCAUAUAACCGGACGACUUCGAACAGCCUAUAGAGCAACUGUGGAUAUUUUGCCCAAGGCUAGAACUGAACAGAUCGGACAAUUGGUGCGUACAGUUCAAGAAAAGUUGAAAGGAGAUAUUUUAGAAAAGUGUCAAGAAGUUAAUCAACAUUUGGCUAAUCAAGUAGUCACCAAAGAUGAAGGCGGUGUGUUUUUGCUCAAAUUGUAA